GUGAAGCUCACUUCACAUAGAACAGAUCAAACAGAGCUUGGCUAAAACACAGAGGCCACAAAUACGGGCUUACCUGCACCUGCAGUAUCCCGGCCGUCACCAUUCACCACACACCACCAUUUCUGAAAAUUCUGAAGCUAGAUAAAUGGCUGCCGGAGGCCAGAUAACUCAGUAUUUGGUGUGAGGUCCAGAGAUAUAAAAGAUAUGUGGAGCUCCUUCACUUAAUUUGCUGGUCCUUCCUACACAGAAAUUCAUCCUGCCUCGAGAGAGGUAUUGGUUUCUCUUUGGCUCCAUAUGAUGAUUUGCUGAGCUACAUUAAUUACUUAGCGCUGGAGGACAGCUGCAUCCAUCUUUAUUCUUUCUCCAGCCCCAAGCAAAGAGCUAUUCUUUUCUGAAAGCUAGCCAUGUCCAAAGCACAUAGCUGAAGCACACUUUGCCUUGGAACAGAUCAAACAGAACUUAGAAAACAGAGGCCACAUAUACCUGCAGUUUCAGCCGCUUGGAUCUGGACCCCCUCACCACACACCAGUUUACUAGCUAGGAGAAGGUGAACGAAUAGCACCACCAUUUCUGAAUAUCCUGAAGCUAGCUGGUUGCCAGAGGAGGUACCUAUGCUAGCUAUAUGGGUUAACAUGUAUGUUGUACUAUAUAUGGGCCAGAACUCGUAUUUGGUGUGAGGUGCAGCGAUGUGACGACACAUAUGUGGAGCUUCUUCGGUUAAUUUGUUGGUUCUUCAUAUAUAUACAAAGAAAUUUGUCAUGCCUCGACAGGAGCUUGAUCCUCUUGGUAGCUUGUAUAGCAUCAAGGAGGCGGUACAAGCAAUAGUCCGUUACUUGGAGGAUACGGGAAGUAGUGCACCCAAGACCAUCUACUUCGAUGGAUGGGAUGGACUAGCUGCUUCUGCUGUGCUCACAGCUAUAGCAGAGGACCCUUCACAAUCUCUGAGCAACAAGUUCGAUAAGAUCAUGCACAUUGACUGCACCAGAUGGAAGAGCCGAAGGGCACUCCAGAGGGCAAUCGCUGAUGAGCUCAAGCUUCCACAGAGUGUAAUGGUUGCUUUUGAUAGGGAGGAUGACGAGGAUGAUUUCAGUGGGGUAGAUGAAGAUUCUCGAGCUGAGAUAGAAGAAGUUGGGAGACUGAUACUUGGAUCCUUAUUACAACACAGAUAUUUAAUUGUAUUUCACAAUGGAAACACUGAUAUGGUUGACUUGGUAGAUUUUGGCAUUCCACAACCAUUAUUCAAUGGCAGUAAGAUAUUGUGGACCUUUACAGGAAGGCUUCGGGUCAACCAAGAAAUAAAAGAAAAGGUGGACAAUUCACAUCUCUGUAUCUAUAGGAAUAUUGGUUGGUCGUUCAGCAGUGGCACUGCUCAAUUAAUAUUGGAAGAGGCUACAGAAGUUAUCAAGCACAUGCAACAUAAGCAGAGCAUCACCCCACAAAUUACUGCCAAGUGCAUCACAUAUAUCUUGUGGUUGCAUGAAAUGGGUGGCAGUACCAUGGACUACAACUGGGCUACCCAUGCUUCAAACUAUUGGGUUUGUGAUGGCAUUAUGGGACAACAAGGUCAGUUUGAUGAAGAAUCCUGGGAGGUUUCCGCCGCUCUCCAUAAACAAGUGCAAAGAAUGGAACUGUCCUCCCGUCCAGUAAGGUUUGUGGGUCAUGAAUACACAAAUGUUUGGAAGUCAGUCACCUAUACAUCUGACAGUGGGGAAAAGGAAAACUUAACAGCACUAUCUCGGAAUUUAACAUCAUUGUUCCUUGUUUCGAAAGGCAGAACACUCACAACUUUACCACAUGAUAUGUUUCAGCAAUCGGAGAGACUACGUGUGUUGAAACUCUCUGGAUGCAAUUUCAGCUUUUAUUCGCCUCCUUUCAGUUGUUGCGGAAGCCUAAGAUUUCUUGGAUUAGACCACUGUGAAGAUCAAAGGCGAGAAGAGGAGGACAGGCAAGGGAGACCAAUAAUGGAAUUUUUUCAGAGCCUAUGGGUGCUGGAUAUGAACCAGACGGAUUGGGAAUUUGAUCUAUCACAAGAUCUUACAGAGCAGAUGACAUCAAACAUUAGAGAGAUUCAUAUAAAGAAGGGAAGGAUUUGGCGCAGCAAGCUUGCAUGGAGAAAACUACGGAACCUCCGCAAGCUUCGAGUAAUCGAGCCUACCAACUCUUGGGAGACAGGCAAAAAAGAUGAAUUUGCUAAUAUGCCAAAGUUGGAGCUCCUCGAUCUGUCUGGUAAUAGUACCUUACAAGUUUUGCCAUGCUUAUCUUCUGCAACUUGCAUGAGAACUCUGGUCCUAGAUGGCUGUGUUGGGUUGGAUCAUGUAGGCCCUGAAGGACUACCUCCAGCACUUGAAACAUUCAGCUUAGAUGCAAGGUCAGACAAACUUUUGAAGAUAUCAUUGUCCGGCUGUGCUAAAUUAGAGAGUUUCUUAUUGCGUGGAGAACUGCCACGCCUUGAGGAGCUCAACCUAUCAGGCACAUCAAUCAGAAGAAUUGACCUCGGUGAUAAGGUAGUGCAGUUGAAAGGGCUGAAAAAGGUGUUCCUAAUGGGCUGCAAGCAGCUGCGUGCAAUACUGUGGUGGCAAGAACAAAGGCAACUAGAAGUUCUAUGCAUUAACACCUUUGAAACAGAGGACACAUGUCCCUAUUACUCUAACCCCUCACCCGUCCAACACAGAAACUAUGUUGUCACAGCAGAUGCAAGGAUCAUUCAGUCUUUACUAACCAAAGAAUAUGGAAUCAUGAUAACUAGCAGCCUUUAUCUACAUCUGCACAUGCCACCUACUAGUAGUAGCAACAAAUCUAAAGGGCCAAGCAGGGAUAAGGUUAUCCCCAAACCUUGCUACUAUACUUAUAGCGAUGUCUUGCUACCAGGGGUUUUUACUUGUGAUAAUGAGAUGAGAUGGCCUGCACCAUUGGAUUACCAUAUGGAAGUUGGUCAGGGUAUCAGCCUCACAGGUGUGGAGAGUGACAAGGGAAUCAAAGCCAUUCGGUAUAUGACACUGGAUCUCAUUUACUCCUUACACGUGCAUGAUAAUUCAUGCAUUCUUGCUGUUACACCCAAAAGCCCACUUCAUGAUCUUCUUUUUUCUGUUGGGUACUACGUAGUUUUACUCAAAUGGUGCCGUGUGGAGAGGUGCCUAAAGUUAGAGACCGUGUUUGCCUCUAGUAGAUUACGUUACAGCUUUACAGAUCUGAAGGCUAUUUGGGUGUCAGACCUCCCUGCAGCUACCUGCAUUUGGAGCAAAGGAUCAAUUGAAGACAGCCACGAAAGCUUUCAAGCACUACAGAGCAUACACUUGCACGAGUGUCCCAGGCUCAAGUUUGCCCUCCCAUUGUCACGCAACACAUACUUGCCUAGAUUGGAGACUCUCCAUAUCACUCGGUGCAGUGGCCUCAAGCAGGUGUUCCCAUGGGAUGAUGAUGUCGUCAGGCCUCAACAACAUAGAGAAGCUAGCCGUGAAGUGAAGGAAUUCCCCAAGCUGAAGCAUGUCCUCCUGCAAGAUCUCUUCAAUCUGCAGGAGAUCUGCGAGGCCAAGAUGACUGCACCCAUGCUCGAGAGUGUUAGGAUCAGAGAAUGCUGGGGACUUCGGCGCCUCCCAGCGAUCGGCCAUCGAAACAACAGCCAUCGUCGACCAGUCGUGCAUUGUCAGGAGGACUGGUGGACGAAGCUGGAGUGGGAUGGACUGCAGGUCGGCCACGAUCCAUCACUCUACGAGCCGCGCUAUUCGUCAGCCUACUACAAGAAGCGCUUCCUCAGGGGCACGGUUCUUCGGUGAAGACAAAUAUAUCAUUUAUCCAGGCUCAAGGGUUGCCAAGCUCGUCAUGCGUCCGGGGUUGCGGAUUUCAAUUCCACUUCAAGCUGUUGCUGCUGCAAUAUGGAUCAUCAAGAAAUUCUUUGAGAUAAUAUGAAUUUGCAAGAAUGUUCAUUUCUCUCAAGAAUAAACAGGUGGUUCGGCGUUGUAUGCAUCCACCGAAUUGGUUAUGUUUAAGACUUUAAUUGGUUUGUGGUUAUGAGUGUGCAUGUGUGCUUGAAUUUGAAAUAAGGGGGAUGUGCAUGCAUGUCCCUAACGUAUGUUUGGCUUGGAUUGCUCAAAGACUUACUCAAUGAAACGUUUGUCUAGUUUGUGAUCAACUCUGUAUGUAAUAAAAGAUGAUUUUGAUUGAUUUAAAUGCAUGGAUUGUACAAAGUUUUUUUUGUUUGCA